AGGCUUUGAAUCAAAAUAAAAAAUGAAGAAACUCAAAGUAAGAGUAGAAGUGACACCAUUACUAAUAAAGAUAUAUUCUUGCUUACACACCCAAAUGAACAAAACAAUUAAUUCCCAUUUCCCAAAGUUGACAUAUGAAGCAAUAUUUGCACCCCAGAAAACCAAAGUAUUUUGCUUGAUCAAUUGAGGAGGAAGGCGAAAUCAUGAGCCGCAACAUGAACAAUUUCACACCUUUGCCAGGGCCUUGGCAAAGAGGUUUUAGAGCCUAUGAUGGGCACACUUUCAAUCAUCGUGAAUCCAAUGAGGUGCCCGUGUUUUACAGAUCACAUUCUACUCAUGCCACCGAUGACAGAAGUUCAGGUGGAUUAGCUCAACAAAGGUUUUGGGACUACAGAACUCCUUUAGGAUUCCACAGUAUACCAAAUUUUCCAGCACCACCAUCUAGGAGACAACAAAUUAAUGUUCACAAUGAGAAUAUGGGAAGGCUCAGAGAGAUUCUCCUUCAGACACCUCAAAGAUCCACAUUCCAACCAAGCACACAAGCUCCCCCAGUGGCAGAAAUUCCCAAAUCAACAGCUUUGAGCAAGCUUAAGAAAGUAGUCUAUGACCCUCCCCCAAAGAGGUAUGCUAGGAGGGUGAGCUUAUACUAUAGAAACAAUGGUGCAAAACCUUUGAAAGAAAAGGAGAGAGAAAAGGAUGAAGAUGGUAAGAGGUGUGCUAUUUGCUUGGAAGAUUUUGAGCCCAAUGAAGAGGUGAUGCUCACUCGAUGCAACCACAUGUUUCAUGAGGAUUGCAUAGUACCAUGGCUAACAAGCAAAGGGCAGUGCCCAGUUUGUAGGUUUGUGGUUUGUGAGAGAGAGAGGGGGAACCCUGCAUCCUUCAACAACAAUGACAUUGCCAAUUUGGAACCUAGCAACCUGAUUAAUGGAGAGCUUUUGUCAAUUUUGAGGGCCAUGGAAGAAGCUUUUCAAUUGGAAAGUAUGACUUACUAAUGUACACAUAAGAAUUUGCUACAGUUGGGAAGGAAGAUUUAUUACUAAUGUACACAUAUGAAAUAUGAUAGGCAGAACGCAGAACUCGAGUUAUGAGUGAUAAUGGAAAUGAGACAGAUUGGAAACCAAUUUGUUACAUAUCCAAUAAUUUUUCAGUGUAGUACAAGUUCACCACACACACCUGACCAUACCAGCAUGCAAACAUUGAUUAGAAAUACAAGUUUAGUCA